CGCGCCAAGCCGCGGAAGGGGCGUGCCAUCGGGUCUCCGGUGGCGGCCGUUGCCGCCACCAGGGCCUCUCCGGGCAGUGCUGCCAAAGCCGGCCUGCGCGGGCAGUGGUGGUUCUCCUUUGAGUCGGCGAAGAGCAGGGCGGGGCCUGGCUGGCGGGUGGCGGCCUGGGCGGGGGCGGGGCCGGCCUCUGGAUCCUUCUUCCUCUGCAUGUGGCUUGGGGCCGCAGAUCAAUUCAGUUUGCACAUUCUUCCCCGGCUCCCCUUCGGGCUCUGCUAGUGUCGCUGGAGCCAUGGCGUUCGCCGAGACCAAGCCAGCGGCAUCUUCCAUGCCCAACGGCGACUGUGGUCGCCCUAGGGCGCGGCCGGGAGGGAACCGGGUGACGGUGGUGCUCGGCGCGCAGUGGGGCGACGAAGGCAAAGGGAAAGUGGUGGAUCUAUUGUCGCAAGACGCCGACAUCGUUUGCCGGUGCCAGGGAGGAAAUAAUGCUGGCCAUACAGUUGUUGUAGAUUCUGUAGAAUAUGAUUUUCAUCUUUUACCCAGUGGCAUAAUUAAUCCAAAUGUUACUGCAUUCAUUGGAAAUGGUGUGGUAAUACAUCUACCUGGAUUGUUUGAGGAAGCAGAGAAAAAUGUUCAGAAAGGAACAGGUCUAGAAGGCUGGGAAAAAAGGCUUAUCAUAUCUGACAGAGCUCAUAUUGUAUUUGAUUUUCAUCAAGCAGCUGAUGGUAUCCAAGAACAACAGAGACAAGAACAAGCUGGAAAAAAUUUGGGUACCACUAAAAAGGGCAUUGGCCCGGUGUAUUCUUCCAAAGCUGCUCGGAGUGGACUUAGGAUGUGUGAUCUUGUUUCUGACUUUGAUGGCUUCUCUGAGAGGUUCAAAGUUCUGGCUAAUCAGUACAAAUCUAUAUAUCCUACUUUGGAAAUAGACAUUGAAGGUGAAUUACAAAAACUCAAGGGCUAUAUGGAGAGAAUUAAACCAAUGGUGAGAGAUGGUGUUUAUUUCCUAUAUGAGGCCCUACAUGGACCACCAAAGAAAAUCUUGGUAGAAGGUGCAAAUGCAGCACUGCUUGAUAUUGAUUUUGGGACUUAUCCUUUUGUAACGUCUUCAAAUUGUACUGUUGGAGGUGUUUGCACUGGUUUGGGUAUGCCCCCUCAAAACGUGGGAGAAGUGUACGGAGUAGUGAAAGCUUAUACAACUAGAGUUGGUAUUGGUCCCUUUCCUACAGAGCAAGACAAUGAAAUUGGAGAAUUAUUACAAACAAGAGGUAGAGAGUUUGGUGCAACUACUGGAAGGAAAAGGAGAUGUGGCUGGUUAGACCUCGUUUUGCUCAAAUACGCUCACAUGAUUAAUGGGUUUACUGCGUUGGCACUUACCAAAUUGGAUAUUUUGGACUUGUUUACAGAAAUCAAAGUUGGAGUUGCUUACAAGCUGGAUGGUGAAAUCAUACCUCAUUUCCCAGCAAACCAAGAAGUCUUAAAUAAAGUUGAAGUUCAAUACAAGACUUUCCCAGGAUGGAAUACAGACAUAUCAAAUGCAAGGACAUUUAAAGAACUACCUGUUAAUGCACAAAAUUAUGUUCGCUUUGUUGAAGAUGAGCUUCAAAUUCCAGUUAAAUGGAUUGGUGUAGGUAAAUCCAGAGAGUCUAUGAUUCAGCUUUUUUAAGGACUUCCCAUGACAUAAGAAACACUCCUUGAGAGGGGAAAAAAAGACUUGCAUAAGCAUUUCAUUUAUGAUCUGCAAAUUGAAGAAUAAAGACAUUGAAGUGAGUUGUAAGCUCUGCAGUUGUUCCAGUCUUUUAAAUGGAUGGCUGUCAUGGAGGUAAACUUUGGCAUAUUCCUGUGUCAGCUUUCCUUGGCUGACAUAAUUGCCAAAUCAUUUGUUGCUCCUGCUGCUCAUGGUGCCACGUUUUCUUUUAAUGUUUAGUGAUGGUAUAGUCUAUAUUGUUUGAAAUCGAACAGAAUUACUUUCAAUGUAGUUUUUCUUCAUUAUUGGUAUUGUGUGUUCUUAGGUUUUACCCCUAUUAGAUGGUAAGAACAAUUAAUGCUGUUUUGCACAAAUAUUUUUACAUUCUGAUCAUUCAGUUUUGUCAGUAUAAUCUUUGCUGUUAGAAAAAAAAUCAUUAAAGGAUAGGAGUUCUGUAAACUUUGUAAUGCUAUAAAUUCUGUUCAGAUUGUGAACUGUUUAUUUUUUGCUAAGACCAUUGCAAAAUUGAACUUUGAGAGGGGUAAUUACAAGUCCUUUAAUUGUACAGAAUACAGAACUUAUUUCUCUCUGUAAAUUAUUUAAUACAUUGAGCAUUUAUUUAAAUGUUCAAAGGGAAAAAAUAUUCCUGGAAACAGCAAUCUUAAUGUUAAAGAAAGAAGUCAUUAAAAAUCUGUUGUGAUAUUUGGUGGAUAUUUUCCUUUAAUUUCAGACAUUAAUUCUGAAAUGUGUAUCUUUCCUUUUUUCUUUUCUCAUUUUUCCUAAAUCUAAUGGAUUGAUUUUUUUCAACAUUGUGCCUGCCGAUAUGCCUACAGAAUCAUCUGUGAGUGUCCAAAUGAACCCAAAAUGUUGAUCAUAAUUUUGAUCAUGCCUUUAUUUCUUCUUUCUUGGGGGGAAAAAAAGGCAUUAUUUUGACAAUUAGGUUUAACAUAUCGUGCUGUACCUUCAAUUAACUAUUUUAAAUGUUUAAAUUAGGUGCCACUUAAAUUUAUUUUAUUAUACCAUCAAUAGCUGAUUAAAAAGAACCAAAUAUUUCUAGUA